AACUUGUUGACAGCCACAGUCGUCUAAAAGAAACCAAAAUUGUUCAUUCGCAUUGUCGUCAGUUCUGAGAGACCAAAAUUAUUCAAGUUCUGUGUGUGUCUUAACGAAAAAUAUUAUAAUGUGCGUUCGUUUAAUCUGCACGAUCAUGGUCGUGCUUGUCGCGGUGCAUCAAGCUACGGCAAAGGCCGCGUUGUCGAUGGAUCAGAUUGAAAAAACUGCGCAAACUCUUCGAAACACAUGUACGACAAAAUCCAAUGUGGAUCCCGGACUUGUCGCUGGAAUUCAAAAAGGAGAAUUCCCAGACGACCGAACGUUGAAAUGCUACUCGCAUUGCGUAAUGAAGUCGAUGCGAACGUUCAAAAAUGGACGCAUAGAUGUAGACAUGAUGAUCAAACAAAUGGAUAUGUUAAUGCCACCAGACAUGGCAGCACCUUUGAAAGAGAGUUCGGUUGCAUGUGGAAGUGCACCCCCUGCUGGCGACGAUUGUGAAACAUGCUACCAAUUUGUGAAAUGCAGCUAUGAGAAGGAUCCGAAUCAUUUCUUUUUCCCUUAAUCAAAGUCAGAUACGCAGAUAAUUAAUUAUAGGAAUACAACGUAAUCAUAUAGAGCACAUAACGAAAACAGUUUACAUUUUUUAUGUAAAAAUAUAUGUAUAAAUAUGGAAAUGCACAAGUGUAUCAAUUUGAAUGUCUACUUAUGGCAGUAAUGUCAUAAGUAUGAAAUAUAAUAAUCAUUCUUCAGGUAUC